CUUCUGGAAACCGGCAACGACACCAUGCGGCUGAACCGGCAGCUCACGCUUUGUUUGGCAGCAGCGCUCUACGCGGUGUGUGUGCUCUCGAUCAUCCUCCCUGAUGAGACGGACAGCAUCAGCACCACCGGAAGCUCCACCGCUGUAAGUCCGACUGCAUCUUCGCCGUUGGAGCCGUCACCGGACAAGGCACCUCCUCCAGCUCCACUCUCUCAGAGCCUUGUUGGAAGCACACGAGCGAUCCCGGCCGCGGCGACAACUGUCGUCAUUGAAACAGACAUUGCUGAAAACAUUGCAGAACUCGACGUGGACCUCCUUGACCAAAGUCAUUCGUCCAAAGAAGUCCAAGAUAGUGACGGUGGGCAGCGACAGAAUUACGCGUCCAAGGACUCUGGCGCAACCGUGCUGGAUCAUGCACCUGGCACAAAAGGGUCUGUAAAUCUUCUCGUGCCGGACAAGGACCGGUACAUGCUCAUUCCAUGCGCAAGCGAGAAGAAGUGGGUCGUCGUCUCCCUUUCCGAAGACAUUCACGCCGACGCGAUCGCAAUCGCCAACUACGAGAAGUUCAGUUCUCCAACGCGCGAUUUUCUGGUACUCGGCAGCAUCAACUACCCCAGCGACACGUGGGUCGUUCUGGGCAACUUCACGGCCUCUCACCGGAACGGCGAGCAGCUCUUUGAAUUCCACGAAAGCCACCACGUCCGCUACAUCAAGCUGCGCAUGAUGUCGCAUUACGGAUCGGAAUAUUACUGCACGAUGAGUCAAAUCCGGGUGUUUGGCCGAACGUUCACGCAAGUGAUCUCGCAGUUGGAGAAAACGAUCGAAGCAGAGGCUCAGUCCCCUUCGCCGUCGCCCGCCGUCCCUCUUGUCCCCUCUAGCACAACACCGACCGACUCGAACUUACUGUGCCCUUUUCCUGCGCCAGAAAGUCCCAUCUCGUUCUUUCUGCACGCCACGACGUUUGAGAGCGCCACUAUCGAGGUCAAUGACACGUGUGUUUCCCCAAGUCCUGCGGACGCCGCGAACGGAACCACAGAACGGAAUGGGAUCGGUAUGCCUGGCACAUCUGGGUCGAUCAUCCGUGGUGCUGUCGCGGGGGAGAGUGUGGCUUCCUCGAACUCGAGUGAGGCUGGCACGACGACUAGUUUGACGGUGCCGCCUCCGUUGUCGUCGCCUUCAGCAGGGCAAGGCGGCGCCAAUCCCUCCAGGACUGACUCUGCCAAGUCUUGGGAGAGUCCCACCGAUAGCACGAAAGGUGCAUCGGACGAAACCAAAGCGACGCCUCCAACCGCCAUCCCAGCCAUAAACAAUGGUGGCCUGGAUAACUUUUACAUUCGCAUGUCCAAGAAGUUGCAAGUGCUCGAGACCAACGUGUCGCAGCUCGAGAAGGUCCUUCACGACUUGCAUCGCAACCACGCCAUCUCGUUGCAGGCUUGUCAAGGGGCAAUGGAUGCAUGCCGUAUUCACAUUCUGUGCUGUAGAAUUGUGCAGCCAACGCCAAUGCUGCAGCCGAGGCUCUGGCCACACUGAAAUCGCAGUUUGGACUCAACAUGUCCGCGCAAGCCAACCACACAAACGACUUGGUCCACCAGCUCGUUGCUCUGCAUGAAGUCAACAAAGCGUUGCAGGAGCAAGUCGAGCAGCUGUGGGAUGUGAUCCGAACGAUGAAGGCUGGGAUCAUGGCGGCGCUGCUGUUGUCCGCCAUCCUGCUCGUGUUUUCCAUUUGCCGGUGGGUGUUUCGGUGUUUGACGGCCUGCCACCGCCGUGCGGCGCGGCGUGAGUGGUUUCGACGACUCGAUGUUGCCGAUACGAGUGAAAUCACAAGUCCCCACGACGAGGACACCGUGGACGACGAUUUCAACCCGCUCACUCAGACCAUGCACCACCGCGUCGACCGCACGAUUCGCUUUGGGUCGUCCUUUGACGACGGUGCCAUCCAGCGCAACACCAUGUACCGCCGGUACGUUGUGUGGUCAGCGCUCGGUUGAUGAUGUGUGGUACAGAAUUGUCAAUGGGUUCCGGCAGCACCACGUACUUACGAAGCGACGGUACGUCAUUCGAGGCGGCGCCCGACCGACCACGAUCAACACGGCGAUGGCCACGAUGUCGCCAGGAACGCGACGGCGCUCCAUCGCGGUGCUUUUCAAAUCGAGGGACGACCACUCGAAGGACUCUUCGUCCGACGAUGGGUAGAUCGAUCUCUUGCCGCCUCCUACCAAGUAUACGCCCACGAACGCGCAGUCCACGAGCCCUUCACUUGGGGAGUCGGCGUGAGAGUACAUUCCUUUCCUUAAUUUAUGUGCCGCGUUUGGCAUUUUGACACGA